CAAAAGAAAGAUAAAACCCAAAAUUAUAAAGAUUAAAGCUUUGAAAAGAGAUGACUUGAUGGAAGAUCUUUGCAGUUUGGACAAGGAUUUGUUCGAUCCAGUGGAAAAAAGACUGAAGUCAUGUAUGUCCAUUAGAUAUGGUGAUACAUUUUCUGUCUCCUUUCUUUUUGGUUCUGGCAUGAAUCUUCGUUGCGCUUGGAAUCAAAUAAGUGUACCUUGGACCUGGUUUUUUAAUGGUCUGAGAGGGGAUCUCCCUGAACAGCGACAAGUUUGAUCUCUUGUUCCUGCUUCCAUCUUCAAAGAUCAACUCCCUGAAGUCUACCAGAACUUUGUUUUUCCUUUUUUUUUUUUUCUUUUUUAAUUUCAAGAGAAGUGAGACAAUGAGAACCAGGAGGGGGAAGCGUUCUGAGGCCUUUUGGCCGGCCAUUGUGAUGAAGAAAUGGUUAAAUAUAACACCUAAGGUGAAUGAUUUCAGUGAAGAUGAAGUGGAAACCGAAACUGAGAGUGAAGAUGAUGUGUGCUCUCUUAAGGAUGAAAGAUUGCAUGGUGGAGUCUGUGAGGAUGAUAUGAACAGAACCAUUGGAAACCAAUCCAUCUGCAGAAGCCAAAUAUCAGAAACACCUCCAAAGGGCUAUCAAACAAGACACCGGAGAGUAAAAUCAGAAACACUGCGCGUACAGUACAUAAAUACAAAGGAUGUGAGGGUCACCAUAGCCACUUGGAAUGUUGCUGGAAGGGUUCCGAGUAACGAUCUUCAGAUUGAUGACUGGCUUUGUACAGAGGAGCCAGCUGAUAUGUACGUUAUUGGCUUCCAGGAGGUAGUCCCUCUAAAUGCUGGAAAUGUAUUGGGAGCUGAGGAUAGCACGCCGAUUCCUAAAUGGGAAGCAAUCAUACGUAGAACUUUGAACAAAUCUUUGGAGCCUGAAAGCAAACACAAAUGCUAUAGUGCUCCUCCUUCUCCAGUGUUAAGGACAUCUUCUGUUGCAGAUGUACUUGCAGAUGACAUAGAUGAUCUGCCAUUUGAAACAAUACCUGAUAAAUAUUUGGAGAUGGCAAAUGGUCUUGAUGAGUUCGAAAGAGAAGGUGUGCAUAAAGUUGGUGGUAUUGGAAAAAACCUACGGCUGCAAAGAAUACAUGGAAUUGAUUCCGACAGUAGAUUAGACUGGCCUGAAUAUUCAUUAAAUGCAACCCCAGAAAUUGUCUCUUCCAAUUCAAAACUGAGGAGGGUCAUGAGCAGUUCUGCAAGAAUUGGCUUUACUUUGACAGAGAAUCCGGUGCUAUAUGGUCCUCAAAAUCUUCCUUUCCAAGGAAGCACAUUGAAAAGGUCACACCAUAGCUCUGGAGACUUACAGUCACUAUGGAGGGAUGAGCAACAUGAGCCUGAAGUUGUGGAUUCUUAUUCGGAUGUAUCUGAUGGAUUUUCUGAAGAGGAAGAUGAUAUUUUGGUUGAAUUACCAAUGGAGAAUCAUGAAAAUGGAGUUGAAAACAAUAGGCCAAAGCUACGGCCUAAAUAUGUGCGAAUUGUCAGUAAGCAGAUGAUUGGAAUAUAUAUAUCAGUAUGGGUACGAAAGAGGUUAAGGAGACAUAUAAACAAUUUGAAAAUAUCUCCAGUUGGUGUUGGCCUUAUGGGCUACAUGGGAAACAAGGGAUCUGUUUCUGUCAGCAUGUCUCUUUUCCAAUCACGACUGUGCUUUGUUUGUUCUCAUCUUACAUCAGGUCAGAAGGAUGGAGCUGGCCAGAGGCGUAACGCUGAUGUGAAUGAAAUUCUGCGGCGUACUCGUUUCUCUUCUGUCCCUGAUGAAGCAGAUCAACCACAGACAAUUCAAUGUCAUGAUCAGAUAUUUUGGUUUGGAGAUCUGAACUAUCGCCUAAAUAUGUUGGAUGUGGAGGUGAGAAGGCUUGUUGCUGUAAAGCGUUGGGAUGAACUUAUAAACAAUGAUCAGCUGAGCAAUGAACUCCGAAGUGGACAUGUAUUCAGUGGAUGGAAAGAGGGAGUGAUAGACUUCCCUCCAACCUACAAAUAUGACAUUAACUCGGACAGAUAUGUAGGUGAAGACCCCAGAGAAGGGGAGAAGAAGAGAUCUCCAGCAUGGUGCGACCGCAUACUUUGGCUGGGGAAAGGCCUAAGGCAACUUACAUACCAGAGAGCAGAACUAAAACUCUCAGAUCAUCGACCAGUUAGUUCAGUAUUUCUGGUUGAAGUUGAAGUCUUAGAUCAUCGGAAGUUAGAAAGGGCACUUAAGCCCAGCACCGCUGCUAUCCAUCCUGAGGUUUUCCUUGAUGAAGAUGGAGAUUUAGAAUCCCAGCAGUCACAAGGGAUUUCAAAUCACUCAGCUAAAUUUAAGAGGAAGUAAACGUGGGUUUUGACACAACAAUGUCAUUACCAGCGCAGCAGAGAAGAAAUAUUCAAGACUAGCUUGUGGUGAUCAUACCAGGAUAAGUUGUAGAGGGCUCCAGUUAAACGGUAGAAAUAAUAAAUGUUUGGCUUAGGGCAUGGUGGGUGAAUGUACACAGAAUGAGAAGUGUGUAUAUAUAUAUAUAUAUUUAUUUAUUUCUUUUUUGUUCUCCCCCCCUCUA